UGACUACCGCUGGUUUUCACUUCCGGGAUAUAAUCACGUGACUGAAUACAAGAAAUCCGAACAGUUGAGCAGUCGAGGAGCAAGGGCAACGAUAACUACUUCAUCAACUUCACGUUAAGCGAUCAUCGGCGCGACGAAGGACUUCAUCCGUGGGUUUGGCGGCAAGCAUCGGCUAGGCGUCAGGCCUUGACGCCAGCUGAAGCGUAAUGCAUCCAGAGCAGCCCACAACAGGCUUCACCCUUUGGAGACAACUGGCAGAUUCAGCAGCCCGGGGCACAUGGAGCACCGGCCUACUGCAGGGCCUGAUCCAGAGUUCUGGGCCUCUUUGCCUCGGCCCCCUGCUCCCCAGGGUCCAUGCAGCUGACAUGGCUUCUGCCCAGCCGGCACAGAUGCCCUCAUCUCCCUCCUCCACCUGCGCUGCUCCUGCACACACUCUUACACCGAGCACCAUGCCAAACAACCUGCGCAAGCCAGAAUUCCCAGACACGGGCUGGGACCGCAUUAAAGAUCUUUUUCAGAAAAAUGCAAGCCAGAGCUACUCAGAGGAGGUGACCAACGUCCUAAAAAGCGGAUUUGCGGCUGCUUUAUUAGGCUUUGUUUACGGUGGCCUGCCUGCAGCUCGCCACGCCAAGCAGAGAUAUAUCCAAAUGAACCAAGCUGAACUCUACAGUAGUCGUGUAGAAGCAGUGCGUGCGGCCCACAAUGCAGCUAUCCGCGGUUUUGUGAGAUAUGGAAUCCGAUGGAGCUGGAGAAUCGCUGCAUUCGUCACCCUUUUCAAUUCUGUCAGCACCGGCCUAUCGGUUUACCGGGACAAAUACACCCUUGGCAAUUUUGCCGCAGCUGGAGCUGUGGCUGGAGGUCUUUAUAGGCUGAACCUGGGCCUGCGAGGUCUGCUGGCGGGCACCAUCAUCGGAGCAGUGUUGGGGAUUCCUACGGGCGCACUGAUCCUCGGCGUAAACUCACUAACAGGAGAAAAUGUCAGAGAAAGGAGGCGGCGUGAGCGUGAGGAGAUGUAUGAACACCAGCUGGCAGAGUGGACGACCAGACUUCACCUGACUGACGAGUUGAUAGGCAAUCUGAACGUGGGCUCGAGGACAGAGGAGACCCAGAAGGAUAUGGCGAAGAUCCAGGAGAUCCUUAGUUUAUCGCAGAAUGAGGAUGUUGGUCCAGACUCUUCCUGAUGAACACUGAAGGUGCGGCUUGACAUAAACGUUGGACUCUGCACAACCUCCCUAAUGUGUUUUGAUUCUUAUGGGAACUGCACUUUUUAUGGAUUUUUGCCUAUCGUUCAUAAUCAUUAUGAGAGACAAGACGACAGUUGUUGUUUUUUUAAUGCAUUCUAACUCUUAAAUAACAGUCUACUUAUAAUGGAGUGAAUGGGAGGUCCUCUAUUCCGCCCAUAAAUCCCUCUAAAAAAACAUCCUAAAAGAGCCAAAGAUACAAAAUGUGUAUUCAUGACUUGAAUUUUAACCAACUAUUAGUGAUAUUGUUAUUAUAAGUGCUAAAGCAGAUAAACUAUUUUUAGCGGUGCCGUGCUUAGAGGGAGUUAACAAUUUGUGUAUUGCUGUAUUGACAUCAGUGACUGGUGAGCUGCUUUUACGCCUUGGAACUCGCAAAAGUUUAUUCCAGAUCAUAAAUAAUGCCUCUCACCUGGAUAAAUUAAGACAUAAAUUAACAAGUUGAUCAACUUUGGCAUCCAAUUUACAUCCAGUAAUGAAUGGCGAGAAACACACACAAAGGAUGCUUGGUCUGCGCUUGGUUCCACCCCCUUUGUUCUUCACAAGGAUUAUGAGUCAUUCUUCAUCAAACACGAUUACAACAAGCUUGUAUCAGUCGGCAUCCUAGUGACAGCAGACCUUGUGUUUGUCAUUAUGUUUGUGGCUCUCAUAAAGUCUGCAGUGAGUAAUAAUCAGUGAUAUUUUCGAGGAAAAAGUGAACGUCGUGAUGUGUUUUUGAAAUGAAUGCGAUGUUGAAUGCUUAAACUGAUCAAAAUAGUUAAAUAUUAAAUGUUAUUAUAAAUGUGCAUGUUACUACAUUACAUAUAUACUUACAGCAUGUAUAUUAAACCUUAAUGAAGGUGUUUGGAUGUUUUAAUGUGUGCUUUAUAAGCAGAAUAGAGCGACUUCCAUAGGAUUUGAUCGCAUUUAUUUAAUAUUUAGAAUGCAUAAAAAAAGAGAACGUGUUCUUGUCUUACGUAAGGAUUGUGAAUGAUAGGCAAAAUUCCAAAUAAGUGCAGUUCCUCUUUAAGUAUUAGGCGUAUUUUAAAUGAUCAAGAAAAAUUGUACAUAUUUCAAGCCAAUAAAUAUUGUCAGUA